GGUCUAGGCUGACGUGCUGCGCGUCCUGUCUUCUCAUAUUCCCGGAUAUAACCGUUCAUUAUCUAAUUGUAAAAGGGUGUGGCACGGGUUGCCAUGGAGACGAGCUUGCUGGCACUGCAGGUGGAGAGCGUGCAGAGGAGUGUGGCAUUCCUGCAGCGGGAACACCUGGCCCUGCUAAACGACCUGCACCUGGAGAUUCUGUCCCUACAGAAACGCUGCAAUGAUCUGACCUGUGAGCUGAAGGUGACGCCCCCAGGACGCAGCCAGGCAGAGGUGGAGGAAGAGGAGGAGCAGCUGGAGGCCAGGUGUCGACAGGUGGAGAUGCAGCUGGGGGAGCGGCAGUGCGCCUUGGGAGAGCUGCGGACAGAGCUGAGCCACAAGGGGGCGCUGGUGGGGGCUCUGCGGGCCAGCCUGAAGGACAGGGAGAGGCGCUUCCUGGAGGAGCUGAAGCUGCGCAGCCACAGGGGCACGGUGCUGCGCACGGAGCUGCAGAAGCAGGCGGAGGCCGCCGCCUACCUGUCCUUCCAGCUGCACUGCGCCCGCAGGAAACUGCAGCAGCAGCAGCCGGGCGCCAGGGACGCCGACUGCUCCCCGCUGCCCUCCCCGACCCCACCCCCGCCCCCGCCCCCGCCCACCGUGCCCAGACUCAAACGCCACCAUAAACCCUCCGCCCACAUCCGGGCAGAGAGAGCCCGGGAGUGCACCCCCCGACACAGGGUGACCGGCCCGGAGGAGCCCACCCCCAUGCCCGACCCCGCCCUCUUCCUGCAACCUCACAGGAACAGGGCCCGCCCCCCAUGUUCCGACGCACAGAAGCUACCAGGAGGGGGAGGGGCCUCCCCAGGAAGCGGAGCUGGAGGACCCGGGGGAGGCGGGGUUCCGAGCGAGACAGAUACCGCCCCCAAUGUGGCAGCUACAGAAAUAGGGGCUGAGGAGCCAUAAUAGCCUCUGUCCCACCCUCAGAGCCUGUGCUUAGGUUAACUAGAAUCACUAACCGAAAACCUGCCAGGUGCCCCUUUGGGUUUCCAUCACACUCCCCUUCACUCCCACCAGGGUCCAGACCCGCACCCGUCCUCGAUCUUCAU